AGCGUUUGUUGUUUGCUAAUCUGGAGUCAGCUUUGGUGGAUGAAGAAGAUAGACAACUCUAAGAUGUUUGACAGGAUUAAACCAUCUGAUGAAGCUUCAGCUUCUGCUUCUUCAGCAAAAGGAAUUGGAAGACACGGUGUUGAAGGCUCUCUAAGACAGGACAGCAGUAGAAGUUUACACACAAGAGGGCAAGAGCAUCCUCAGCCUGGAGUAUCCACUGGGCAAAACAAACAAGGAUACUGUAACUGUUGCCAUGUACACUACAGCAACCUGGAACAGCAUGUUUUCAGCUCCCAGCACAGACAUUUUACCACUUACAGUAGAAAUCGUACGGGUACCAGUAGCUUGAUGGAACGUUUCCUGCAAGAUGUUUUACAGCAUCAUCCCCACAGAUACCAUGACAACAGACCAACCUAUGAUGAUAUGCCACUCCUUGUCACUCCAGAGGUUGCUACCAUUGCUCACCUGUCCCCAGAAAAGAUGGAGAAAAGGAGGAACAGAGACAGACAGAUUUGCAGCAAAGACCAGGAGUCUGUUGGUGAAAUAUGCUCUUCUGCUCCAUGCUUGUCUCGUGGGGGCACAAAGAAAACUUCUGUAACACAACCAUUUAUUAAAAAGCAAGAAAGAAGGCAGGAACAUGUUACAAGAAUAUCGCAGCAACCUGUAGGCAUUUGUAGCAGUGAGAAAUGUGAUACCCUGAAAGAUGCUCAAAUUGUAAAUCCUAGCCAUGAAGGCAACUUUACAGCUCUGAGCCAUGUAUCUCACCAUUUUCCUGUGAGUAUUUUAAUACAAAAUCCUUCUGUUAAUCCUAAAAAAGGAAAAAAUUAUAGCAAUUUGACAACAUCAAAUCUGAUUCCACAUAGUGGAUGUGAUAAAACAGGAAUGGAGAUAUGCAAUACUGAUACAUUAUUGAACCCAAGCUUGAAUCCGGCUCUGACACUGGUUCCUUCAGUUUCUCAUCAGAAUUCUGUGGGCAGCCACAGAAAACCUUUAUGUAUUACCUCAGGUCAAUCUCUCUCAAAACGAGAUGGUUUGCAAACUCAGGAUGAAACUUUGGUGUCUGAUUUCCAUCUCAGGGAUACUGUAGGUGUCAGCGGCUCCCUAGGUCUCGGGACAUCCCCACAAUUAGCAAGAUGCAAAAAUGUCAUGAUGAGCAGAGGUGGUGAAAGCUCAGUGGAUGAAACUAUUGAAAAUGUUAUUUUGAAAUACUGCCAUGGAACUACAUCUCAAGAACUUUAUCUCAAAGAAGAAAAUAAUUCCUAUUUAACCUUUUCAUCACUUCUGGACCAUACUCAUUUAGAGGAUUCUGAAAUGAGUUUUGACUGUGAUGCACCUAUUCAGGCAGAAACAGACUUAGCCAAGGCAGCUAUAAAAGAUAUAGAAUUCCUAAAAGAGGUCCAAGUAAGUUUGCAAGAUAAGGACUAUGGAACACAGCUUUCUUCUGUUUUAAAAAGUGAGUCAGUAGAGAAAACAGAAGUGGUAAAACAGGAUGUUGUAGUUCAUACUGAAGAACCGGUUCUUCCAGCUCUGCCUCAUGUGCCUCCUUCUUUUGUGGGGAAGACUUGGUCUCAAAUAAUGCAUGAAGAUGACAUAAAAAUCGAAGAACUUGUGCGUGAUUUCAGGGAAGGUCGUUUUCACUGCUACUUUGACAGCGAAUCCUCAGCCAACUGUACAGGGAAGAGAAGGAAGCUAAAAAAGCAGAAGGAUGAAAAAAAGAACAAUAUUGUCAAGGGUGAUAGAGCAGAAAGUGCACCAGUUAAAGCAUUGCCAGAAUUUAAUGAUGCUUUAAGUGGUGGCUCUGAUUGUAAUAACCCAUCUUUAGCCUCAGAUACAAUAUGCAAUCCACAAAUUCUUAAAACACCUAGGAAAAGGACAUGGCGCCUGGCUUCAAGAUGCCAAGUGGUUAAAGUCAGCCAUGGCACUCAGACAAGUCUAUUGAACUACCCUGUUUCAAAAAGAAAAGUGUCUAGGAAGGAAUGUGAUCCACCUGAUCAGAAAGCAAGUAUUGUGUGGUUAGAGAAUGAAAAAACUCCAAAUAUGAAAACUAGACUAUGUGCCCUUAAACUUCCUGAGUCCUACAGCAAGAUUAUGAGUCCUGUGCAGCCCAAGACAGUAGUGUAUGUACUUUCAUGCCCAGAGAUAAAGCAGUGUAAAGGUAAACCUGUAGAUAUUCCCCAAAUGAGGAAAACCCGUAACUCCACAGAUAGUAAAGACUCUGUAAGGUAUAAAUACAAACAGUGUUCCUUUAAGUAUUACGACCCGUUGACAAAUCGCAUUCUGAAAACACCUCCCAAGAGUAUGGUUGGAGAAAAGGCCAGAAAGCCCUCCCAUGUUCGACAGCUUUUCAGAAGUCUCAGCUCUGAUGUAAACAAGAGGAAACUUACUGAUGCGCAGAGAGAAAGCACACCAUCAGUGUCACUCGGUUGUUCAGAUGUUUAUAGUUCACCUUCAGCAUCUUUCCUGACCGAUCCAGGUAAAGGAAAUGAUGCAGCCUCAAGUCAAAAGGCAGAUGGAUCGUCUGUUUCCACAGAAAAAACAGAUUGUCUGGUUUCUGGUCACACUGAGAACUCUUUUAAACACCUGAUCAUUUCACCUUUGAGCUCUCACCAGUCUGUGGUAGAAGGAGAUGGUAGAUUAACUCCAUUUAACAGAGUUACCAAAAGUCCUCUGACCUCUGUCAGGAGUGAGAGAUUAGAGAGGGAGAAUCCAAAGGCAAUAUGGAAGAGAAAAGAAGGCACUAAUAAAGAACCACUUUUUCCCAGAAAGGCUACAGGACCUAUGUCUGUCAGGUGUACUGUUGGGAGGAGAGGAAAAAGAGUAACUGCAGGUAAACAGACUUCCAGAACAAAAAAACAGCAAAAAGAUGGGAUGAGAAAGCAGCUUCACCCUUGUGCCCAGAAAUCUGCUUUCUCCAUCCAUAGGUACCAGACAAGGAAAACUGCAGUGGGAAAGCAUCUUAAGAAAGAAAAGUCUGAUGCUAAAAAAUUGAAGGUGAGGAGAAAACCAAAAAGGACCUUUAUGAACUCACCUGUGGUCACAGGGAUUCCUGAAAAGAGGGAGAAAGUUGCAUCAGAAUCCUUUCCCAGGGGACCAGAGCGAGCUUCAUCCAAAGUCAGGAACUGGGAAGUAAAUGGAGAUCGAGGUCACCCUAGCACUGUGAACCAGUGCUCUAGAAGAACCUCUUCUGUUCCGUUACUUUGAAACUGUCUUGUUCUGCCAGGUGAGAGCUAGCUACCAAAAGAAGAUGAGGGCUUUUUUUUUAUAGCCAGGACCUUGAAAAAAGCUGAGGAAAAGGAGGUCAAAGACAAAGCAGUUGAAGGUGUAGAUUUGCAGAAAGUGCAAAGGCAGUCUAAUGUGAAACAAA